AUGGCGCUGCCCACCCCCAGAGCUGGUUCUUGGAACAAAGUGCACCAACCCUUUGCACAAGCAAACAUUGUGAAUGCCCAGCAGAGAGACCAUGGGAUUUUCACCAGAGAGGUGCUGAAGUGGAACUAUGACAUGUUUGCAAACUUUAAACUGUUUGGGCCACCAAGCCAUCUCCUUCAGUCUAUUGUUGCCCCUGUCACAGCCAAGUUUGAGGAUUACAAUGACUACUUCAAUACUUUCUUCCCCUUAAUGAUGCUAAAUGCAUUUGAAACG